UGAUUUACUUUAAAAAUUCACCAACAUGUUGACCUUCUCAAUGUCUAAAAUGCAUAUGAGAAUGAAAUCCCUGCAAACCUACGGCCUGGUGGCUUGAGCUAAAAAGCAGAAAAACAGGCCAAAUUUUGAUCACUUUCAUCAACUUUGAACACCUGCCACAGGCAAACCAAUCGUGAUAUGAGCUCAAGACUACAUUAAGAACCACCGUCAUUUAUGUGGGCAUGUGCGUAUUUUUUGCAUGCUGAUCUAUUUUGACACUUUUGAGGACUGGCAACCCGCCCAAUGUAGCCAUGGGCUACCUUUUUAACAAAGAGAGGGCUAGUGAAACUAGGUGGUGAAAAGGCGGCAAAGACAUGAAUGCAAUGGUUAAUUUUCUGAAUCACGCAACCUCAGUCGUGGGCCUACUCUAUUUUUAGGCUAGAUAGUUUUUCCAAAACACGUGGGGUGACAGCGUUACGAGAAUAUACGGCAUUAAUCUGGUUGACCUUUCGGUGAAGAUAGUUUGACUUUUUAAUUUGUAUAAAGGAACAAAUGAAUGCUAGAAUGAUAUAUUUCAAACGCUUUAAAAGGAAUCAAAACAUUUUCGUGCAAUAAUACAUCCCUUUUUUCCUUUCCCAAAUUUCGUGGUUUGUUGAGCACCCUGGAUGACAAAUCUAAGCCUCUCUCAUAACAAACAUAACGGCAUGUCCGACCCCGUCAAGACUGUUACAUCCGCUGACGUGGAGCCCGCAGGGCGUGUUCUGAAUGACGGCACGGCUCCCUUGAACGCCCGAUUCCGGGCUCUCUUUACCCUUAAACACGUGGGCGGACCCGAGGCCUUGUCUUGGAUUACCCAAGCCUUCGACGACCCUUCCGCCUUGCUCAAGCAUGAAUUGGCCUAUUGCUUGGGUCAAAUGGGCGAUCCAGCCGCUAUUCCCGUGUUAGCUGGACUCUUGGCAGACAAGACCCGUGAAACGAUCGUUCGACAUGAGGCUGGUGAGGCCUUAGCCGCUUUGGGAGGGCCUGAAUCACUCAAACUCCUAAGGGAAUACAGCCAAGAUUCGGUGGCGGAAGUAGCGGACACGUGUCAGUUGGGGGUAAAGAUGUUGGAGUAUAAAGAAUCUGAGGUUAGUCGGGAUGAGGAGGGGUUAUUACCCGUGAAUCCUUAUGCCAGUGUCGACCCGGCUCCGCCUCUGCGUGAGAAGGACGUUAGUAAGCUAAAAGCCUUGCUUUUGGACGAAAAAGCCUCGUUGUUUGAACGAUAUCGAGCCAUGUUCACCUUGAGAAAUAUUGGAUCCGAUGAUUGCAUUAUGGCUUUGGCUGAAGGUCUGAAGGGCGAUAAUGCUCUGUUUCGUCAUGAAGUGGCUUAUGUUUUGGGACAGAUUCAAAGUGAGGUGGCCAAGGAGCAAUUGUUCGAUUGUCUCCGAAAUGAAGCCGAAAACGACAUGGUGAGGCAUGAAUGCGCCGAAGCUUUGGGUUCCAUAGCCACAGAUGAGAUCAAGGAAGAGCUCAAGCUGUAUUUGGGUGACUCGGUGCCAUCGGUUCUACGACAAAGUUGCGAGGUGGCCCUGGAUUUUUGUGAUGUCAAAUGUUAAAGUUUGUUUUGCUUGAUGGUGAAUUAAAUGUGUAAAAAUGGC